GUUCCUAAACGAGAAAGUUCCCCCCUGUGGUAUCAGAAUCUCUAUUUCCACUCAAUUCAAAAACCCCUUAUUCAACUCUCUCUCUCUCUCUCUUCUCAGCUAUGAAACAAGACACAACCGUUGCUUCAGCAGCUGACACGUGUAAAACAAUCAUCGAAGUCGCGGUAAUUGAACGGCAACAACACCCGCUUAUUCAGCCAAGAGAUGUCAAGCUUUCUCCUGUCCCCACUGCCGACGAUUUUGACUUUAAAAACUUCAGUUGCGGUGAUGAAGAUGGGGAAGAGCAAGACUUUUUCAUUCCUCCUCUCAAUUUUGCUAUGGUGGAUAAUGGCAUUUUCCGGUCCGGCUUCCCUGACGUAGAUAACUUCCCUUUUCUUCAAACUCUUGCCCUUCGUUCCAUCAUAUACCUGUGUCCAGAGCCAUAUCCAGAAGCAAAUAUGGAGUUUCUCAAGGCAAAUGAUAUUCGCUUGUUUCAGUUCGGAAUUAAAAACUGUAAAGAACCUUUUGUAACUAUUCCAGAAGAGAAAAUUCGUGAAGCAUUGGGGGUUCUAAUAGAUGUUAGAAAUCACCCGGUGUUGAUCCACUGCAAACGUGGGAAGCACCGAACUGGUUGCCUUGUUGGAUGCUUGAGAAAAUUGCAGAAGUGGUGCCUAACUUCUGUGUUCGACGAGUACCAGCGUUUUGCUGCUGCCAAAGCAAGAGUGUCAGAUCAGAGGUUUAUGGAGCUUUUUGAUCCAUCCAGCUUCAAACAACAGUCGUUGUCGUUUUCGUGUUCAAAGAGGUAAUAAUCGUUACACGUGAACAGGACUUCUUUUCUUUGCUGUGUUGCCUUCCAAAAUUGGCAGAGGUGAUGACUUAUUGAAGUAAAUUUCAUUGAUGAAGGAAAUUGUCAAAUUUUUUCCAUUACAAGAUUAGUUUCUCCUUCUUGAAGAGCUCUUAGCUUCCUUCUUGAACCGUAAUGUGUUUAGCAUAGAUAUGCUUAGAUUUCUUUUAAAUUCCAUCACCUGGUAAAGAAGCAUUUAGUCAAAUGCUGAAGUGUUACUAUUUGUCAUAAAUACCAGGGGUAGAGCUCGUUCUCUCCGUCCGGUUCUUCAUGCCAACUAUGGUUAAACCAAGGCAGCUACUAGAAAGCAAAUUGUGCCCGUGAUGCUACCUGGUUUCUGGUUCUCUGACAAAUAUCUGUUUGUAACUUAUUAGUAUGUUAUAGUAUCUCUACUGUAGAAGAAUCUUUAAUCAGUUGUAAGCUUGUAACUAGGAAGGUCCACAAGCAACAAAUUCUCAAUGAUGCUGUUGGUUUAGAAUAAAGGAGUCUAUUGUAGCUUUUGCAUCUUGCAACACAUUCCUGUAUUUGAUUUAAAUGCAAUGGCCUGUUUAAUUCUUA